GCAGCGCACGCACACACAGGCGGCGCGCGCAUGCUCGCUGGCUCGGGCUAUGAAUGUACCAGGUGAAAUGACAGAACUGAGAAAGAGAACACAGAAAUGUUUAGAAGAACCCGCCAUUCAGGAGGAGACCAAGUCAGUAGUGGUAGCAGAUGCAGAGUCUGCUCCAAAGGAUGAGGGUGAGCAAGUCUGUUCCGAGGAAAUCCUUUCCAAGGAGGAAGAAAAGAAGGAAGAAAAAGAGGAGGUGAACGCAGCAAAACUGACAUUGAAAGACAAAAUAGUCGGCAUAGGAAGCAAGGAUGCAAAGAGCAAAUCUGCAGUUCAUCAGUGGGUAAAGUUUUUCUUUGGCAGCUGGGCAGCAAUUGCAAGUGGAAUGUUAUAUGCUGUGUACCUUUCCACCUUUCAUGAAAGAAAAUUCUGGUUUUCUAGCAGGCAGGAUCUUGAACGAGAAAUUUCCUUUCAAGAGGAUAGUGGUUUGUACUACUACUAUUAUAAAAAGAUGUUGCAGGCAACAUCAAUCCAAGAAGGUCUUUUUGAAUUGACACAUGACAACAAGACAUUAUCAUUGAGGACUCUUAAUUCAGUGCAGCAAAUCAAUCUGUAUCCAGAAGUCUUUGCUGGUAUACUGUACCGUAUUACUGGUAGUCAAGAAGCAAUUGAGCCAGUGUAUUUCUACAUUGGCAUAAUAUUCGGAUUGCAAGCAGUUUAUGUGACAGCACUGUAUGUCACAGGUUGGAUACUGAGUGGGACAUGGAUGGCAGGCAUGCUUACAGUAGUAUGGUAUAUUAUCAACAGGAUCGAUACAACCAGAGUGGAAUAUACCAUUCCUUUAAGAGAAAAUUGGGCAUUGCCAUAUUUUGCAUUACAGGUUGGAGCACUCACAGGCUAUAUGAAGACCAAUGUUAAUUCUACAAUGGAGAUGUUUUCAUACCUCCUGAUGUGUGCCUCUACUUUUGCCUUUAUUAUGAUGUGGGAGAUUAGUCACUACGUACUAUUUGUACAAGCCUUCAGUGUGUUCCUGUUGGAUUGCUUGGAUCUAAUUCAAAGCCGCAAGGUUGCCGACGUGUACAGGAUGUAUAUAGUGUGCCUUGCACUAGGCUAUUUUAUACAGUUCAGAAAUUCUGCUUUACUGGCUUCCCCAUUGCUAAGCUUCAUUUGUGGUUCACAUCUUGCAAAAUACAUUCAGCAAAAUCUAAAGAAAGGUCACUUUGUAGCGAGACUGCUGAAAUUGCUGCUUCAUUUCUAUUUGGUUUUCACAGUUUCAGUCACUUUAAAUCUUGUAAUAAAAAAAAUCAUCUCCCAAGAAGAAAAUGAACAUAUAUUAAAGUUUUUUGAAGCAAAAUUUGAUUUGAAUACUACAAGAGACUUCAAUACAAACUUGCUGCUUUGUCAAGAAACCUUCCAGACCCCAUCACAGGAAUUCUUUGUCCGACUGACCCAGACCUGUUUGCUCCCGUUUUGUUUGUCUGUGUUGCUUAUCUGCUUUUUCUCAACCCUGGAAGUAGUUUCCAGGAAGUUUCGUGAUAUACCUCAAAAAAGUGACGGCUCACUAGAGAAUAUGGUGAUUGGUGAGAGGCCGGAGGUGGUUUACCAUAUGUUCCAUAUGAUGCUGUUUGGGUCAUUGGCACUGAUGUUCCAAGGCUUAAAGUAUUUAUGGACUCCUUAUGCCUGUAUGUUCACUGCCUUUGGUGUUUGCUCUCCUGAGAUGUGGAUUACUGUAUUUAAGUGGUUGCGACUCAGAACAGUCCCUCCAGUGCUGCUGGCACUUAUGUUAAGCACCGCAGUUCCAACAAUAAUAGGGUUCAGCAUGUGGAAGGAUUUCUUUCCAGAUGUAAUGGCCGAACUCUCUGAACUUCAGGAAUUUUAUGAUUCUGAUACUGUAGAGCUGAUGAGCUGGAUUAAACGACAAACACCAACUGCUGCUGUGUUUGCUGGAAGUAUGCAACUUAUGGGCACUGUGAAACUCUGCACUGGCCGAACAGUGACCACUCACCCACUCUACUCAGAUAGGGACCUACGAAAACGGACAGAAGAGAUCUACCAAGUCUAUUCUAGAAGAUCUGCAGAAGAUAUUUAUAUGAUUCUGAUGUCAUAUAAAGCUGAUUAUUUCAUAAUUGAAGAGGGAAUUUGUAAUGACAUGGGACCAGUGAAAGGCUGCCGAGUAAAGGACUUGCUGGACGUUGCAAAUGGCCAUAUACUUUAUAAUGAAGGAGAGACGGACACAAACUAUGCGUUUUCCCUGUACGGGCGAUUUUGCCACGAACUUAAGCUGGAUUAUUCCCCUUAUAUCAACUAUUUCACUCGUGUUUAUUGGAAUAGAUCAUAUCGUGUAUACAGAGUCAACACGCUGAUAUCAUUUCAGUACUAGUGAGGUUUGAAGCCCUUCCAAUCACUGUCCUUGUUAAUGUUGCAUAUAUUUAAUGUUGAAGUAAUGUCUCAUUUCACAGGUGGACUUUUAAAAUGGAACUUGUAAAAGCGUAUAAAUACGUUAGGUUUUUUAACUUAUUUUUUACAAAUUACUCUGAAAUGAAAAGAGGGCGAAACUUUUAUUUUGUAAUCAGCUAUGGGUGUUGUUCAGAAUGGAGGUCUAAAACAAAAAUUUGCAGCAGAAUGAAAUAAGUUAUUCCAUAUUAGUUAAUUUGCUGUAAAAAAGUAUUGUAUUUACUUGUUUGUAUAAGGAACUAACCGCCCUGAGCUCCACAUUGUUUUAUAGCUCUGCACUCUAGGUAGAGCUUAAGCACACUGGGACAUUGUGUACAUUUAGUCUACAUGCUCUGUUCAGAUAUUGGUUUAAAUGUUUUUGCGGAAGUAUUACUAUUGGUACUUCACUAUUUUUGGUUACAGGCACACAAAGAAGCAGGACCUUAACAUGUUAAGUGUUUGAGGCCUAACUGAAAAUUGGGGGAAAUUAUAAGUUAGUUUUUCUUAAAUUACCUGAUUGGCAAGUGGAAAAGGGAACAUGUUUCAGAAGAAUCUGGUGUAGCAUUCGUGCAGUGCACAUGUACAGUAAACUAAUUGUUCUUUCAUUGUGAAAUAUGAAUGGAUUUCAUUUCAUUGAAUUAUUAGACAGCACACGGUUAAACCUUUAAUUUUAAGAUGUAUGUCAACUGUGAUAAACAAAGUUGAAGAUUGAUUCUUUAUUCCCUUUAUUUUGGAAAAAGUAUAUUUUGAGCCCCACACACCUGCUGUCAUGAGCCAUGCUCCAGGACAUUAGGUGAAGAAAGAAACCAAGAAGGACUGAAAGAACGCAUCUGCACUUCAAGAUUAUUCAAAUAACGCUUGUGAUAUAUUUUGCUGCAGUUGAUGUCCUUGUUUGUGGUCUAACAUAUCACCCAACUUAUCAGACCCUUUCUGGGAAGAUUACCAGCAAAGUUACAAAAUUGGAAAAAAAGUGACGUGCCUUUGCCAUUCCAGCAAUAGAAAAAGAUGGAACAGUGUCACUAACUCAGUUCUGCUGUAGGUUAGAUAUUAACCUCGAGGAUGUGAGUUGAAAUCUAGUCCAGUCUGAAGAGUUGAAUAUCUCUGUAUUCUGUUAAAUGUGUUUGAACAGUCUCAAGCCAGUUCCUGGUGGGCAUGGCUUACAACACAAAACCAGAAAUUUGCAGGAUGCUAAGUGUGGAAAAUAUUUAGGCCUGGGAUAAGAAGUUUUAGAAAAAAAACUUUGAUAACCAUUUGUUAGAUUGUAUCAUGAAUAUUUUUAUUUCAACUGGCAUGUUUAUCAUUGAACACAAUUGUAAACAGUAGUUUUAAAGUUAAUUAAUAUGUGGUAACGAGUUAAAGAGGGGAUUUGCCUGAUAAUGGUGAGUAGGUUAAACCUGAUGAACAAAUAGCAAGGUGUAAGCAACAGUAUCUGGGGUAGGAGUAGACAAUUCAUCCUCUCCACCCUGUUCUACAGUUCAAAUGGAUCUUGGUUCUUUUGUAACCCAGUUAAAGGUAUCCACUUUUGUUGCACCUGUUCUGACUCCCUUAUUUAAUAAAAACCUUGAAAAUUUCUGUUAGCACAACAUCCAUAUUGUUUGGAAGAUAGAGUUCAAGAAUUUCCACAAACCUUCAUGUGGGGAAGAGAUGCUUUAUGAUUUCAUUAAUUUUUAAGAUUGUUCUCAUUCUGGAUUCUCAUGUCAGUGGAAAUACCGUGUCUAUGUACCUUUCUGCCUGUUUACCAUUCAUAUUUCUUAAAUACCAGCCAUAUCUUUGAACCUGGUUUCACAGCUUAUUCCCUAAGCCUUGGUAUAAUUUUGGUGGCUGUCCAUGUGUACGCUCUGCAAGGCCAGUUUAUUGUUUCUGAGGUGCACUGUUCAAAACUAGUAAAAACAUACAAGUAAGGAGGAGGACAAGGCCUUUCCACCCCUCGAUCCUGCUCUACCAUUUAAUAGCAUCUGAUUGUAACCUCAAAUCCAUAAUCCCACUGACUGCUGAUAAAUUUUCAUCCCCUUGCUUAGCAACUAUCUAUCCCUUUGCCUUAAAAAUAUUUAGACUCUGCCUCCAACAUAUUUUCAAGAAGUGAGUUCCAAAGACUGAAGACCCUCUGAGAGAAAAGUUCAUCUCAUCUGGAUUUAAAAUUGCUGACCCUUUAUUUUGUAACAUUGACCCUUAGUUCUAGAUGCUCCCAUAAAAGGAAAUAUCCUUUCCACAUCUAUCCCAUCAAGAUCCCUCAGAAUCUUGUAUGUUAUAAUGACGUCGCCUCUUACUGUUCUAAACUCCAGCAAAUACAAGCUCAGCCUGUCCAACCUUUCCUCUUAAGGGAAACUUAUUCCAAGUAUUUCCCUGGUAAGCCUUCUCUGAACUGCUUCCAAAGCAUUUACGUCCUUCCUCGAAUAAAGUGACUAAUAUUGUACAAAGUACGCUAGAUGUAGUCACACCGGUGCCGUGUAUGACAGAAGCAUAAUCUCUUUACUUUUGUAUUCAGUUCUCUUUGCAAUUAAAUAUAAUAUUCUGGUAGAUUUCCUAAUUACUAGCUGUAUCUGCAUACUAAUUUUUUGUAAUUCAUUUAGCAGCACACCAGAUCCCAAUACAUCUUAGAGCUCAGUAAUUUCUCACGAUUUAGAGAAUAUGUUUUUAGAAUCAUGGAAUCAUAUAGUACAGACGAUGCCCUUUGGCCCAUCAAGCCUGCUUCGACUAAAAAAAACACUCUAAAUCUACACUAAUCCUACUUUCCAGCACUUGACCCAUAGCCUUGAAUAUUAUAACAUCUCAAGUGCUCACCCAAGUGCUUUUGAAAGGUUGAGAUGGUUUGCUGUCUGAACUACCGUCCCAGGCAGUGCAUUCCACAUUCCCAACGCGUUCUGGGUGAAAACAUUUUGUUCCAAAUCCUCUUUAAACCUCCUGCCUUUUAAUGUAAAAUUAUGCCCCCUUGUUAUUGACCCUUUAAGUAAGAGGAACAGCUGCUUUCUUUUCACUCUGUCCAUGCUCCUCAUAAUUGCAUACAUCUCAAUUAAGUCCCCUCGCAGCAUUCUGUGCUCUAAAGAAAACAAAUUGAUUUUAUCCAGCCUCUUUUACAUUUGCCAAUUUCCAAUCUAAUGAGAACUUCCUCAAAUCUAGAUAGGUGUGGAUAAUUAAAACUAAUGUAUCAAUAUCAUAUAGUCACUUAUUUAAUAUCCUGCGAUGAAGUUCAUUAGGCACUUGUCAGCCCCUCAAUUCCAACAGUUUACUCAGUGCCAUAUUUCUGGUGAUUGUGAUUUACCCAAGUUCCAUCCUGCCUUCUGUUUCAUGAUCUAUAGCUGCUUCUGUCCAGUCUCCUGACCUUUCGCCUCUCUUUACACAAUUAUAUGCUUUUUCUUAACAUUUGAUACUAUCUUUAACCUUUCUCGCUAACUAAGGAAUAGUGGCUCUGUCCCUUGGAAUUUUCUUUACUUGUUGGAAUUUUUAUGUAUUCUGAAACAUCUCCUUAGAUAUUUGCCACCACAUCUCUUUUGACCUAUUACUUAUUCUAAUUGGCAAUUUACUUUAGCCAGCUCUACUUCCAUGCUCUCAUAAUUCCCCUUAUUUAAAUUUAACGAAAUUGUCUCAGACCCAUUCCUCUCCCCUUCAAAUUGAAUGUAAAAUGCAAUGAUUUUAUAGUUGCUGCUAUGUGAGUCACCUUCACUAUGAGGUAAUGAAUCCUUUCUCUUUCCACAAUACCAUAUCCUCCUCUAUGAUUAAUCACAGAAGAUGUUAUUCUCAGAAGCUAUCCCAAAACCAUGCUGUGAACUCCUCAUCUAGGCUAUCUUUGCCCAUCCAACUUUUCCAGCUUACAGGUGAAUUAAAAUCUCUCAUUAUUAUAGCCAUGCCUUUCUGACAAGUUCCCUGUGUUUUUUGCUCCAAACGACUGUAUUGUCACUGUUAGGGAUUCUGUAUACCACUCCACAAGUGACUGCUUACUUUAUUAUUUUUCAUUUCUAUCCAAAUUGUUGCUACAUCCUGGUUUCCUGAACUUAGGUUAUCUCUUUCAAUUGUUCUAGUACAACUGUUAACUAACAGAGCUACUCCUUCACCUCUUCCUAGCUUCCUGUCCUUCUUAAAUGUCCUAUGCAUUUUAACAUUCGGAUCCCAAUCCAUGUUAUCUUGCAGCCAAGUCUUUGUAAAUGGCUACUAGAUCAUACUUAUUUAUUUCUAUUUGCACUGUUAGUUCAUCUGUUGUGUUUCAGAUAGAAUGUGCAUUCAAAUAUAGAGCCUUGGUUUUUAUCCUUUUUUUAGUCUUUUUGUAUUCGCUCGUCUUAUCUGUUGGUUUACUCUUAGGUUUGUACUCUCCACCUCUUUUUCCUGGUUUGUUCAUCUCAUUCCAUCGUAAUCCCUUUCUCUUUUGCCUUGCUUUUAAUUUACCACAUCUUCUCGAAUUUGAUGUCUUGGCCCCACUCCUUAGUUUAAAAUUCUCUUUACUUCUGAGGGCCGCAAGAACUGUCGUCCCAGCACAAGUCAGGUGGAGACAGUCAAACUAUGCAGUUUCCAUUUUCCACUUCUUCCACACCAGUCUUUGAGCCGUACUUUCUUCUAUUUAAUCUGAUUUGCCCAAUGCCAAUUUUCAGUGGCUUAUAAUGUUUCCUUUGAGAUUCUGCUUCUUGAUUUGGUGCCUAGCUUCUCAUACUUACUAUACAGAACAUUUUCUUUGAUCUGUCUAUGUCAUUAGCAUCCACAUGGACUUCGCUGACUAGAUCCUUCCCCUCCUAUUGCAUGAUCCUCACUCACCUGAGCAGAUGCCCCAAACCCUAAUACUGGGCAGUCAUCUGGAUUCAUGCUGUAGUGUCAAUCCUCUGACUAUAUUGUCUUCCAACUAGCACUAAAUUCCUUUUCCUCCCCCAUUUAAAUGGCCUCCUGUACCAUGCUGCCAUGGCCAGAUAGCUAAUCUGCCCUGCAGAUGUCACACUCAUCGAGACAACCUGAAAGAACUUCAAAGCUGUUUGACAAUUACAAAGGCAGAAGUUCGUCUGCUUCAGUCCCUUACCUGCCUCAUUCACAGUCCCACUAUAUUUUCAUGAAUGAGGUACAUCAGAUGAAGUCUGAUAAAUUUCUACAUAAUUGAAGCAUGACUUCCUUUGUGGUAUAUCUCAGUCCCUUGUGGAUAAAGUAACAUUUAUUCUAUUAAACUUCAUAAUACCCUUUCUGUCUUUGUCCUAUCUUUUAGAUAUUUGUAUACACAAAUCAUUAAACCUGUUUGUUCGUCUAAAGCUCCCAGUUUUCUCUAUUUAGAAAACAUCCCAAUUUAAUUUUCAUAAGAGAAUGACUUCAUUGCAGCUUAGCCAUCUCAUUUAUUUUCACAAUGUCCUUUUGUAAUUCCCUACUCCCAUGAAUACAAUUGUGCCUCCUAAUUUAGUAUCAUAUGCAAACUCAGAUACAUAACCCUGUCCUUUCAUCUAAGUUAUUAAUUUCUGUGAUGAAAAGCUGAGACCCCAGUACAUUGUUACAUUUCACAUGUCUUGGGAAGUAGUUAUAGUUCAAUGCUAAGGUUAAUAAUUCAUUCAGUAGCUUCAGCUGACACAGUAUCAAUGGUUGUGAUGCCACCAGGAAUGGAUCUGUCAGGGGCAGGAGUUCAGUCUUUGGAGAGUAGUUUUAUGUGGAUGGUCAGACUCUGGCAGACAUUUGAGCUGUUCCUUAUGUUCCAUUUGUAUUUUGCUGAUCAUGGAGUCAAUUAGCUACAGUCGUAGCAGAUGACUUUGGCAAAUUUCACAACAGGAUAAAUUAUCAAUGUAUUUCCUGUCUUCAGCCCUUUGUGGAAAUUGGCCUCCGUAUGUGAAGUCAGAUUCAGGACCUGCUUGGGGCAGACCUGAGUGAGUGGCACAGUGGCUCAGUGGUUAAGACUGCUGCCUCUCAGAGCCAGGAACCCAGGUUUGAUUCCAGCCUCUGUGUGGAGUUUGCACAUUCUCCUCAUGCCUUCACAGGUUUCUGCUGGGUGCCCCGGUUUCCUCCCACAGUCUGAAGAUGUGCAGGCUAGGUAGGUUCGUCAUGCUAAAUGGAGUAUUAUGGGUUUUGGGUGAGAUGCUGUUCAGAGAGUCUGUGCAGACUUGAUGGGACGAAUGGCCUGUCUGCACUGAAGGCAUUCUAUGAUUCACAUUUGAAAAUAUGCCUGCAGGGGAGACUGGCAGAUUACUGCUUCAGAACAGAACUGAAUCUGUCAGGGGAUGUUUGGGACCUUAUGCAGGGCAAUAGGACAGUAGCUGCGUAGAUUAUUGGUUAUGCUGUGGAUGUUGGUAAACAGCUUUUCUAGCCACCACUUUCCUGUGAACUGGUAUUCCUUAGGAAUUGUGGUCAAAAACAAUUGACUCCUACUGCUUUGCUUGACUUGUUUGCCAUAAGGGAACUCGCCAGUUCCUCUUGUGUGUAAGGGUUUAAAAAGUCUGUCUGCUUUGGGUCUGUUUGAGAAACUGCAUCAGGGCUGUUUCUACCACCCACUCAUCUUUUCUGCUGGCCUCUCCAUCACAAACCUACAGUGACUCAUUUGCAGCCACUUUAAUUUUUUCCAAAGGUACAGACUGAAUGGAUCAAAAGUCCUGUUCUGUGCUGUAUGAUUCUAUGAUAACUGAUAUUGAACUGAUGGGCCUGUAAUUGCUUGAUUUUCUCCUGUCUUCUUAAAUGAUAGUGACAUUUUCACUUUGCUAAUCCAAAAGCUUAAUUUCUGAAUCGAGGGAGCCCUAAAAAAUUAUAAUUGUUGUAUCUGCAAUCUCCUUGCCUUUUUUUAAUAUUGUAGGGUGGGAACCAUUGUUUCUAUACAUUUGUCUAUUUUGAACUGGUCUGUCUUUGUGGAAUAUCAAAUAUUGUGAUUCACUUUAACAAGGAGUAACCUAUAUGUUUUCAUGAUCAUACCAGUAUUGCUUUUAUUGAUUUAAUAAGAUAUUUUUCUGUGUCAUGUCCUGUGCAGAUGUCCAAAAUUGUGUCACUUCAGUUAAUUGCCUGAAGAGUUUGGAAUUCUUUCACAGAAACAAUCCUACAUGUUGCAUGAUUUUGAUCGGUAUAUUAUCAACUUUCUAUGAGCUUUCCUGACAACAUCAAUGCCAAUCUGACUUAUCUAUUUACUAUACCUAAAUCUUUAUUAGACUAGUAUUUGCAAAAGCAGCUUAGCUGUUGAGACAUUUUCACUAGUUUCCCCAUCCAUUGUAAGUUAUUUUACCUCUUAUUAAAGCUCUUCAUUUUCCUCUGCGAACAAUCCCAGAAGUCAGCAUCCUGUCUAAUAGUCAUUUAUGUUUGAGAAAAAUAUUGGGAAUUUGAUUCAAGUUUUGUGAUUGGACCCCUAGUUUCACAUGAAGAUGAGCCCACCUGUUACACUUUAAAACUCUAAAAGGGUAUUUGUAGAUAUUUGCUUAACUAUUCUAUGAUUCUUAUUAAUUUUUUCUUAACGUGAGAUUUUGGAAAAAUCACUGAUUAUUUUGGUGGUGAAUAUUUUCAAAACAUAGUUCUUAUAAUUAAAAAUCUUGCUCUCAAUAUGAAGGAGUAAGUAGUCAUUUUUUAACAUAAAAUCUGUGUACUUGCUAUUUAAAACCAUAUAUUAUAAUGCAGUGUCUCCUUUAAAGCCUGAAAACCUAUUUCCCAUGAGUGCUAUUAACAAUAAGUCAUGCAUAACUACAAGCUAUGACAGCAAGAUACAUUGAAGUACUCUCUGGUUAGAAGAUAAACACUUUUAUAUGUGCCUGAUACAGUAUAACUGGUUCAUCUGUCAGUUACAGUAUCCUGAUUACUUUGUAUAUUCUCAGUAUCAAUACCGAAAAGAUAGGAGCUACAGUAGUGAUUGGAUGCUUUUAUAUAUCAACCAAUAUAAAUGUUGUAUAUCUCACUAUGAUUGUAAUGUUUGUUCCUCAGGUUAAUAGGAUUAUAUUGGAGAUUUGCAGGAGAAAUGUAGGAAAAUGUUAUCUGUUAAGAAAUGAAACAAAUGGAGAGAGUCCAUGACUUAGUCAUCUCUAAAUGCUCACUGAAAGAUGCAAGCAUAAUGACAGAAUGGAUUUUCCACAAAUAUGAAGGCAAGAAUAGCUACUUAGUCCAUGAUUCUUCUGUACUUUACACUUUCCCAGAAUAGCAUCCAUCUGUAUUAAAUCCCUGUAAUCUUUGCCUCCUCCCAUUACUGACUUAUCAUAUUAUUCCAAAUUCUUCACUCCUUAAAUUCUUACUAAUAUUUGUUUUGGAUUUUCACAAUGUUCAAUUUAUGAACUCUGUUCUUUCCAUUUCAAUUUGCAUUACCAAUUUGGAAUUAUCUAUACAGAGCAAUGUUUUUGACCUCUGUGAAGACCUCGUUAACACUUUGCUUUCAAAAGUUAGAGCUUAACAUUUUCUUUCUUCGUAAUAUUUUCAUUCAUAUUUGGAUAUGUCAUGUUUCUCCUUUCUCUGUCCUGUCCAAUUCAUGCAGAGUUUUUUGGUAAUGGUAAUGAACAUAAACACUGGACAGUGCAAUGAUCAGACUAUACUUAAUUUAAGCACAACCUCCAGAGGCUUGAUCAUAUUGUUAUUCAACACUAUUUAUAUUUUAAAAUGCGUUUGCUACAUUGCAGAUCUUCUUCUUCAUAUAUUUACUUAACUCCUGCAUAAAUGAAAUUUUGCAAGAUCAUGGUAUGACCACUAUUUUUCUUUUUGCACCCUGUGACUCCUCUAGAGGACAAGGAGCAUUUCAGGAAUGGUGUAGAUGCGAAGUUUAAAUAUCCGACUGAUACCAGAUCCUUUUUUGUUUUGCUCCAUAAGUUUUCAAUUUUUGGAAUCGAUACUCUCUUCUGCUGAAUUGCUCAACAAUGUCCAAUGGAAUGGGCAAGCAUCAGUUGUUAUAAUUUUGUCAUGCAAAACUUGAGUGGCUUCAAAACCAGAGUUAUUAAAUGAAUGCUCUUUGAGUGUCAGAUAUGCUUUUAUAGUGGAAAAAAAUCUUAUAUUUUGUUAUUUGCUGUAUUUCUGCAGCUUGCACUAUUGCACAUUUUGUAUGAUUAAAAUAGUAAAGGGAAAUUUUAUGUUGGUAUUUCAUUAAAUGUAUCUGCUGAUGAGUUACAUUACCAUGAAAAUGCUGCAAAGUAAGUUAUAUUAUGUUACUUCUUAAAAAAAGAGAAAAGCUGCUUCUUCUUUCAAAAGAUAGCUUCAUUGGCCAGUGCACCACCUGGUCUCUAAUUGGGAUGGACCAGGUCAUGAAGAUUCUUUGUUUGAUAUUCCUUGUUCUGUGUUGAGUUAGUUGGAAUGAUAUUGUUCCAGCAUCUCCAGCAAUCCUGUAUCUUAAGGGAACUUACAAGAUUUUUGUUCCUGAUUGCAAUCCGUGGAUCUAAAGUACAAAUGAGAAGAAUCUGAGGCUUUAGCCAUGGUGAUCUCGAUGCUUGAAUAAUCUAUCAAUACUCAUUCUGCAGAUUUCUGAACAUCAAAUGAUUACUUAAGUUUUGUAUGAAAUACCCAUGAGCUAGAAACAGGACUCCAAUGUGAUUUGAUGUAUUCAGGAGGUGAGGGCUCAUGACUGAGGUUCAGGUGGAAAUUAAAGGAAACUUUCUUCCAAAGAAAAAAGUAUAAAUAUCAAAUUCAUUGAUAAGGGUAACCUUACAAGAUAAACUUGUAUUAUCACUUCAGAGACUUGAGUUCAAUUCACACCCCACAGAAUAGGUACUGUUUAACUACAACAUAUGUAAUUGAAGUUACCAUGUAUUGGUAAAUAGCCCUAAUUUGAUCAUGCAUUGUUCCAUGUGUAUGUAAUUGUAGUUUCAUUUUUAAAGGUGUUUUGUUUUGGAAAUAGUGAGUAUAAUUUUGACAAGUGCUGUCACAAAUAAACAUUGUGAAAAAUUAA